AUGACAGUCAAGCCGUAUGACCGUCUUAUUCCUAGUCAGGCGAGGGUGUCAGCUGUGUCAGGAGUACCUCAAUCUUACCCUCGUUACCCCAUCUUGAAUGCUGCACAUUAUUCCUACGCUCGUAACCCCAUUUCCCAUUUUCUCUGGCCAGUGUACCUCGUGACGUCACCGGCGACGGUUGCACAAACGGUACCGCUGUUCGACGUCGCCUCGAACGGCUCGCUGGUCACCGAAUCUUCUGGAACGACGUCGCUCACGCAGUCCUUUGACGUGGCCCUUCGAGAUGUCAGUCUGUGUCUCUGGCUCAGUCCUCGGAGACUUCACAGCGCCAAUAAUGUAGCGGCGCUCAAGGCCGUGAGGGAAGGGAAACACGUGAAGAUUGUUUUACGCCAGGGAAGUCUGGAAGUCCUGCAACAAGGCUGCGUCCUCAGGGUGCUUGAAACGCCGGAGGUCCAAGAAUGGCACCACGUUUGCCUCGUUCUUUCUCCCGACCUUGGCUUCUACUUCGAUGGCAAGAUUGUGCGAGGAAUUACCCAAUGCAAGUUGGGUCUUGGUGGGCCCUUUAUUGAUGGUGUUGAUGGAUAUGAUGAUGGUGAUACCUUUUCUGCCGGCGUUGGUGACGGGGAUGUAAGUGACGUCACAAAUGGAGUCGAAGUCGUCCUCGGAGGAUCAAACUGGAACGCGCUCCCUUUCUCCGGGUUUCUGGCUGACGUGAGAGUCUUCAGCCGCAAUCUGACUGCGGGGGAGGUGGCUUCCGUCGCAGCUCUCAGCGACGCCUCGCCGGCUUACUUCUCCGUCGGCGGGACCCCUUCCGGCUCGCGGCUGGCGAGCUCCGGCGUCGAGGUGUCGGAAAUCGAAGCCCAGAAGUUACUCGAGGCUCGGAAACCCAGGAAAUAUUUGUAUUUCGCGGAGAGGACGACUUACGCCAAAGCCAGCGAUGCUUGUGCCAAACUCGGCGGGGAAUUUCUGACUUACUCCAAGACAGGCAGAGAAGACCUUGCCAAAAACGUAAGCGAAUACAUAGACCAAAUUUCCGUGGACAUUGAUCGCUUCUGGGUCCGAAUUCUCGACCGAAACACCAGUGACGACGUCUGCCCUUCCGUGAGAGUUGGAAAGCCGACCCCAACGCUGAGGCUCGAUUACAUACCGUGUGGCAUGGCGGUGGGUAUUCUCUGUCAGAUGCCCGAGGACUUCAAGCUGAAAGUCCUCGGUCUGGACGAUGACAACAUCUUCUCGCCCUCGUACAACGCUCCGGGAACGUUCGUAAGCAGGACGAAGUACCUUCUGAGAUACGCGAACGGCCAGAUCGCCCUCUGGAACGUCCUGAGCGACAAGGUCAUUUACGAGCGUCAUUUAGGGAGCAUCGAGCACCUUCUCGGACGCUCCCUUCUUCGAGAGGACGAGGAAGGAGGCCCUGACAGGACUCUGGUUCUCUCGACCUGCCGGGAGGACCAAUUCACGUGCUCCUGUGGCGCUUGUGUCAGCCUCGACGACGUGUGCAACCUCAGCCUCGAGUGCCCGGAUGGCAGCGACGAAAUCUACUGCUCCCGCAAGUACGAGCUCCCGAGGAACUACAAGAAGGAGUUCUCGCCCUCGAUGGGCUCUCGAGCCCGAACCCAAGUGGGACUGGAAGUGGUCCUCGAGAACGUAGAGCCCUUGAUCACCAACCAGAACCUCCUGCAGCUGAGCCUCAACGUCAGCGUGGUCUGGAGGGAUUCGAGGCUGACCUUCAGCUUCCUCGAGGUGGACCGUCCCGUGAGGCUGACCGAGGAGGUGUUCUCGCACUUCUGGCUGCCGAGGGUCGUCCUGGACACGGCCGUCGAGGAGGACAAGGACGUGUUCAACUUCCGCGACUCGCCGGGCGUGCUGUGCGCCACGGCUCGAGGGCCGGGCCAGGACGCCGUCGUCGGAGGCCGGGAAGGUAAGCGCUCGGGUCGUGCGCGGCGUCCGGAGGCGGAGGGGUCGGCGUCUUACAUACAUAAAGCCAUUAAUCAAAGAUCAAUACAUAAACUAUACACUCACACAAAUGUUAGUUUUGAAAAUCCACUUUCCAUACGAUUCCUUCUCCCCAAACACCUUUUAUCUUUAUUUUCUUUAUUCACAUUAUCAUUUAUUUCUUCUACUUCUUAUCUUAUUUCGAUGGCAGCCCCACAAGGGCGCUGCUGCGUCCAAAACGGAGGCUUUCGUCGUGAGACUAAUUUCCUCUUGCAACAUCCCUCCAAAAUCCUAACCAAAAAUCCUCCCACAUCCUCCCAACAUUCCUCACUCCCUUCCUCCCAACAUCCUCCCAACAUGCUUGCCACUCCCUCCCAACAUCCUCCCAACAUGCUUGCCACUCCCUCCCACAUCCUCCGUCUCUCCCUCCAGCGCUGCCGCGUCCCGCUCCGCCUCGAAGGAUCCCUCGCCCCCGACAGCCGCUGGGACGCCGAGGCGGCGCGCGUGGGACUCCUCGAAGGACUCCGCGUCCCGCUGUUCCGCCUGUCGGGGCUGGACCUCUCCGUCGCAGGCGCGGCCGAGGGCGGGGACGGCGGGGACACGAUCGUCCUCGACCUGACCUUCGCCCGCAAGUCGGGCGCCUACUUCCUCCACACCUUCCUCCCGUGCGUCGUGUUGGCGGCCAUCGGCCUCAUCACUCACGCCUUCCCUCACGAGGACUUCAGCGACCGGGUGGCCACCACGCUGUCCUGCCUCGUCGUCAUGGCCGCCUUCUUCAUCCAGAAAAACCAAAAAUUCCUCCCCCCCCCCCCCCAGGUGAGCACCGCCCUCCCCUCGUCCGCCGAAGCGAAGCUCAUCGACGUGUGGAUGCUGGGACACGUCCUCCUCAUGCUAAUGGUCUUCGUCACCCACGUGCUCGUCAAGUCCUUCCUGGCGGCGAGCGAGGCGGCGGAGGCGCAGGAGGAGGCAGCGGACGCUUCCAUCCCCACGAUGGGUCGGUCUCGGCAGCACGGGGGUCAGAGGAAGGCGCCGCAACGAGGCCGCUUAUGCCGCGCUGUUGGCCGACCCACCAGCUGGCCCACGUUCUUGAACCGCGUGGGCCUUGUGGGCUGUUCGCUCACCUAUGUGCUGUUUCUUCUGGCUUUUUAUGUCUAUGUGGUGCACGUUAGUUAA